CCCCCGGCCCUGCCGUGACGGCUCAGCCGGGCCCGGUGCGCCGGGCGCUGCCUUGGCGCGGGUGCCGGUAGCCCCGGUGCGGGCAGGGAGCGGCGCCUGCGGAGCCCCCGCGGCAGGGGGGGGUCGGCCGGGCACGGGGGGAGACUGCUCCGGGGGGGAUUAGAGAGAACGGGCCCCUCACGGGAGCGCACAUGCUGCAGGAGGCUUUUUUCGGGUAAAAUGCAGCUGCCGCUGUCAGGGUGGCUGCCAGGCAGGGCAUCGACGGUUCAAGGGUUUUGCUGUUCUGGGCUUUUUCAGACGAGCUCGUUCGGUGGUGGAACUUGACAGUCAGUGAAUAACCCACAUGGGGCAGAGGAGUUGUCCCAGGUUCGGCAGCUGCAGAAUGAGCCCUCUGAUCCUGCUGGAAACGCUGAGCAGAAGCCUGAGGAGGGGAGAUGAAAUAGCAGAGUUUCAGGGAGUUGCCUCCCCUUCAGGAGGAAGGGAAGAAAAACAACUUGCCAGAUGAAGUGCUGAUCCAUUUCACCUGUGCAAACAGGAAAGGAGUGAAGAAACAAUGAGAAUGUACGUGAGAUGCAAAGACACAGGAUUUCUGGCAAUGUGCUGCUGCCAGAGUACAGUAAUCGACUCAAAAACAGAAGAAGUUUUUCCUCAGCUUGUGUCUUGGAUGGAUUGUUUUGAAUCAGUAAGAAGGAGUUCUACUGAGCUACCUGAGAAUCUGCAGAGCAGAUUUUGAAGAUGAUACUGCCUUGCAGGAGUAUGACCCAAGCACAAAAUACUGUGACGUGAUCCAUGGGAGCUCUGUUACUUGGCCAAAGCAUGUGUCAGCAGGAGCAGUGCCAGGACAGCUUGGAUGAGGGGACUGCUGGAGGAGACACCGAUGUGACUUCUCCUGUCACUGCCAGCUGUCCUGAGAGAAGUCCUGAGGCUGGUAAAGCAUAAAACUGAAUAGCCUGUGGCUGGAUUUCUGCGGCCAGUGCAGAGUGGCCCCGUGAGCCCCAGCAAGUCCCGGUUGGUGAUGAGCAGCUGUCAUGAUCUCUACAGCACCUCUUUACAGUGGGGUGCACAACUGGAGCAGCACAGACCGGAUUCGCAUGUGUGGCCUCAACGAGGAGAGGAGAGCCCCCCUUUCUGAUGAGGAGUCUAAAACGAGCAGCUCCCAGCACUUGGGGUCUCAAGAGUUUUGCGUCAGCAGCAGCCUUUCCAAGGUGGAGCUCACAGCAGUCAGCAGUGGUGGCAGCAGUGCCCAGGGGCUGGAUGCUGAUGGCAACACGGUGGAGGAAAAGCUGGGGCCCAAACUGGAAGAGCAGCCACCUGAUCCCAACCCAAACCCUGAGCGUGUGGGAAAGACUGUGAAAGAUGAUGCCCUGGGCCCUCUGUUGAGCCAGGGGGAUGGCAGAGGGCAGGAGCCUCCAGUCCCCAGAGCUGCUGAGCAGGAGAGCGGUGGUGCUGAUGCUGCCUGGACACUUGCAGAGCCUCACAGUGACAAGCAGGCUGAUGCUCCUCCAGCCUGCUCCGUGGCUCCAGAGAGCGAGCCUGCUGGGAAGGAGAAAACCACCCCAAGCACUGGAGCACAGGGGCCAGGCACGCUGGCAGAAGGGACGUUGUCUGUGGUUGUCUCCAGCUGCAACACCUCUGCCUCCACUCCUGCUACUUUUACUUUGAACAGAGUGUGCUUUCCCACAUCUCAGGCCCCUGCUAUGCAAAAACUACCCCUGACCUUUCAGGCUGGGGCAGUUCUGAGCCCGAGCCAGUCACUGGUGUACAUCCCACCACCCAGCUGCGGGCAGCCACUCAGUGUGGCUACGCUGCCAGCCACCUUGGGGGUCUCCUCCACCCUCACCCUCCCUGUCCUGCCUUCCUACAUACACGAGCGUUGCCUGCCAGGCAUUAUCGCUUCCCCAGAGUUGCGCUCCUACCCCUACCCCUUCUCUGUCACCAGACCCUUGGCUUCAGACGCCAAAGUGGUGUCUGUGGAGGUGAAUCAGUUUAGCUGCCCCUCGCCCUCAGGUGGAAGCAGUGCCCAGGCUGCUGCUGAGGGCGCUCCCUCAUGCACCGCUGGCCCUUCCCUCUCAUCCAGCCAGGCUGCGCUGGCAGCAUCGUGCGGGAGUGCUGCUCCGUCUUCCGGCACUGGUGCGCACGCCAGAGCCCCGGCAGCUCCCGAGCCGCAAGUACCGGGGGCUGCCACUUCACUCUCUCCUCUGAAGUCCCCUCCACAGCUCGAGCGUGAGAUGGUCUCCUCUCCAGAGUGCAGCGAGAUGCCUCUCGAUCUCUCCUCCAAGUCCAAUCGUCAGAAACUGCCUCCACCCAGUCAACGCAAAACACCUCCUAUGCCCAUCCUCACACCCGUGCACACCAGUGGCAAAGCUCUCCUCACCACAGUCCUGUCCAGGUCCCAGCGUGCAGCCCAGACUACGGGCAGCAGUGUCACCUUGUGUCUUGGCACCACCCCUCCCUUAGUCAUCUUCCCUGAAUUCCUGCGCAAUGGCGAGCAGGGUUCCUGGGUGAAGAACACCACGCUCAUCAGCACCAUUCCAGGCACCUAUGUCGGCGUCGCCAACCCGGUGCCUGCCUCGCUGCUGCUCAGCAAGGACCCUGGCAUGAGCUUCAGCAGAGAUCCACGCCACCUUCCCAAGCAGGAGCCUAUUUCCAUCAUUGACCAGGGAGAGCCUCGCAGUGCUGGGGUUCCCUGUGGGAAGAAGUCCAACCAGGUCAGCACAGAAGGACAGCAGGAUCCCGCCAGGAGACUUCAUGGUAGAGUUGCUCCAGGAGCUCCUUUGUGUCAGUCCAAGGACAUGUCCACCUGGAAUCCUGGCCAGGGAAGUGUGUACCCACGAUGCCCUGUGAAUGGAAAACCUUCCAAUCCUCAGCUUCUGCCUCUUGGCUGGUCUCCUUAUCAUCAACCCCCCCUGCUUUCAAUCGGCAUCUCUACAGCAGGGCAGCUGCCCCCAAACCAGAACAGCUCCUGUAAGCCAGCUGGUGCAGGUGAGCUCCCAACAUUCCCGAGCGUGCAGCCCACAGAGUCCAGCACAGCUGCCCAGAGCCUGCCAGAGGGGCUGCCCAGGCUCCCACCCGAGGAACGGGAAGCUGUAGCCAAGAGCAAGAGCUGCCGGGCCUUGCCCAAGCUCUAUGAGGAGCCAGCCAAUCCAGUCCCACUGGUUGCUGGUCCAUCUCUUCAGACCAGUGCUGUGGAUGUGAAAGGGGGGAAGGGGAAGCUGGACAUUCCACAGAAGAGUCAAGAGUGUGAUCGGCCAGAGGCUGACUCCAGUAAGGAGGGUAAUGUACAGACUGAGGCUCCUCAGGGGAGCUGUAGCCGCAAACAGUUGGACGCAAAGCCUAAAACCCAAGUGUUAGCAGCAUAUUUGUCGCAUGAUCUGCCUGCAGCUGGGCAGCAGAGCCUGCGAAUGAUUUCAGAGGUGCCCACAGAGAGUCAGCGCAAGGAGCUAGGCUGCGAAGGCUCCCAGGAGCCACCAGCAGUAGAGCCCCUCCAGUGUGUGCGUCAGGUGAAUCUGUGCAGGGUCAGGAAGGAGCGAGUGGAUUGUGACAUGUCAUUUACCUCUGGGACUUGUCUACGAGCUGGGACUGCUCCCCAGGCCUUUGGUGAGGUCAAACUCAAAGGAGCAGGCCAAAUCAAGCAAGAGGGCAGCGUGCACUGCAAGUCCAAGCGGCAGCAUGGUGGGGACGCCAGGCAGGCCCACAAGAGACUGAAGUGUCAAACCCAGGAUGGUGAGGAGCCCCCAGGCAAAUCGGGGAGCCGGAGUGCGCAUGGCCAGAAGUGGCGAAAACACCAUGACGAUCUGCAUGACCUUGGCAAGCGAGAAGGCCGAAGCAGCCUGGGAUCAGGGCAAGAUCACAGCAGUCUCAGGGUAAAGCGUAAGCGCAGGAGGCCAGCAAAGACGGAGUUCCCAUCGCCAGCACACCGUGGGGACAGCCACGAGGAAGGUUACCUUGAGAAGAAGCCCAAGAACAACUUUGGGGAUUUCAUUCCGGUGGUGCUGAGCAGUCGGACAUGCAGUCAGUCGGGAAGCAUCACUGGCUCUUCGGCUGGUGUGACAGGAGAGUGUGAUGUGAGCGGUCAGGAGAUUUUACCAUUGUUGGAGGAGGAUCAGGAAGAAGAGGAGGAGGAAGGGGAGGAGGAGACAUCCUUGAAACGUCGCAGGCUGUGAAAAUCCCACAGGACAUCACGCUAUCACAGUCGCAGGGCCAGGGACAGGUCUCUGUCUGAGAGGAGCAGCUGUUACACAAGGAGGAAUCGGGAGCUGCCCUGGAGAGUGGCAUCACCCAGGCAGCUGUGGGAGCCCAACGAGGAGGAGGAAGAUGACAGCCACAUCAAAAGGAAGAAAAGGAGACGACAGAAAAGUCGGAAAUACCAGAUGGGGGAAUAUUUGACCGAGAGAGAGGAGGCGAAAAUCCAAAGCAGUGUCCCUAACAGACGUAAAAAGCUUCUCAUUCCCGUUUCUCCUUUAGACUUUAGGUACCGGAAGCAGAAGGAGUCUGCGAAGGGUAAAGGCACAGAGCUACGAUUGAGGAGCAGGCCCCAAAAAUCUCAAGGACGCCCAGACUUUCGGAAUGGCUUCUUCCUGGAGCCCUCCAACAGUUCUCCUGUCCAAGAAGAGCUGGAGAAACCAUCAGGAAAACGCAAAUGUAAAACCAAACACCUGGCAGGGAUCUGUGAUGAGGGGAAGGGGAAGGGCUGCUGGAACCAGCCCAAAAUGCGCUCUCUGAAGAAGCCCCAAGACUUGUGGACGCUUUGUAAGUCCCGUCGGGUCUCAGGGAGUUCCGCUGAAUUGCCCAUGGCCCAGAACGUUCCUCCUGGAGCUCGGCGGCUGAUUGUGAACAAAAAUGCAGGGGAGACCCUUCUGCAGCGAGCAGCUCGAUUGGGCUAUAAGGACGUAGUGCUGUAUUGCCUGCAGAAAAAGAGCAGUGAUGUGAACCAUCGUGACAAUGCUGGCCACACAGCUCUGCAUGAAGCCUGUGCGCGAGGCUGGAUCGACAUCGUCCACAUUCUGCUAGAGCAUGGUGCCAACGUGAACUGCAGUGCACAGGAUGGCACAAAGCCUGUCCAUGAUGCAGUAGCAAAUGACAACCUGGAAACCAUGUGGCUUCUACUCUCCUAUGGUGCUGAUCCCACUCUGGCCACUUACUCUGGGCAGACAGCUGUGAAGCUUGCCACCAGUGAAGUGAUGAAGCGCUUCCUCUGUGAUUACCUUUUGGAUCUCCAGGGGCGCACUGAUGGGGAUCCUCGAACAGCGUGGGACUUCUACAGCAGCUCUGUACUAGAGGGGAAAGAUAGCAUUGGAUGUGAUCUUCUGCUCAACCCUCCAGGAAGUUCAGACCAGGAGGAAGAGGAGCAAGAAGCAGACAACUUCAUGUUUGAGUUCUCAGACAAGCCACUGCUUCCCAGCUAUAACCUCCAAGUGUCAGUGUCUCGGGGGCCCUGCAACUGGUUCCUCUUCUCCGAUGUGCUCAAGCGGCUGAAGCUGUCCUCCCGCAUAUUCCAGGCCCGCUUCCCACACUUUGAGAUCGCCACACUGCCCAAGGCGGAGUUCCAGCGUCAGGUCUCUCUCAGCCAGGUGCUGGCACAGGAGGAGGUACAGGAGAGUCCCGAGCUGGCACAGGGUGCUGCAGAGACAGUGGAGCUGGUGCACUAGGACAAGCUGUUGGGGAGACUCUGCUGCUCCUCCCAGCGCACAGACACCUGCUUCUGCACUGGUGCUGGUAGUGGAAGCUCUGCAGCUCAGCCCAGCUGUGCCCAAACCCCACUGCUGGUGGCCAGUGAGCUGUGUCCAGCUUUAGUGCCUGGCAACCCUGGCUGUGGGGCAGCCAUUUUCUGUCUGGCUUCACCCUUGGGAGCAGAGUGUGCAUAAUAUUUGUUAUUUGUUUCUUUUGGAAAGACCCAUUUUACACCUGCUUCCCUACUCCCCAGCCCAGGUGCACUCCAAGGCACAGGGAUGGCUUAGCCUCUGUACGUGCCCAGGAUGUACCUGUAUCCUGAAACUGCUCCUGAAAAGAUGCAGAGAGGCUUUAAAGAAGGGAACAGGGAAUGAGAUGGGAAGCUGGAGUGCAAGAAAUAAGCCGUGGAUUUAUAACUAGGUCCAUGUGGGUACUGGUGCCGAUCAAAGCCACUUCAGAAGACUGGAAGUCCAAAGGUCACAACAGGAGGCUAAAGGAAAAGGCAAAGGCAAAACUGAGUAGAAAAUGGCCCAACUGUGUUGGCUGGUGAGAGCAGAAAGCCCCAAACCAAAACUAGAUAUCCAGGUCAGCAGCAGACAUUUAGCAAUGGGAAGUAACACGGCUGAGCAACUCAGUUGUUACCUACCCCUGCCUUGACCAUAGCAGUGCGCAGGAUGCCAGCUCAGCUUUUUGAUAUACUGCAGGCAAAGUGGUGCUGAUACGAGGAGCCCGAGAGCCACACAGCAGAGCCAGCAAGAUUUCUGAGAGCCUCGCAGCACAGCACCAGGCUGGUACCUGAAUGUACUCCAGCCUGACGAAAAGAGCUGCUGGUCCAGGGAUACAAAACCUGUUUUGAUCCCUGCAAGCAAAGCAUUGCCUGGGUAUGACUUUCAGAAUGAGAGGCACAAGGCCUGUGAUUGCUUCUGGCAGGUCAUUCACAUGGCUGUAGAAGAAGAGACCAAGGGCAGCAGGAGUGCCCUGGCAGUGGGAGUAGAAGGAAAGUCUUGAUCACGCACCACUUUGGGGGGGGGACGGACUUGACCACAGAUGGGGUGCAGCACUGCACUUGCUGCUAAUGACAGCAUCAUGCUGCUUUCUGAAUCCCUCAAAAGGCACCGGUUUGUCUCCUGUGCAGCUGUGGUGUUGGCUGUGGGGCUGCAUGGGGCACGCCUGCAGCUCUGCAUCCUGCCGGCUGCAUCCCAC